AUGUCUGAACCAACUCAAAUUGAGAUUUCUAAGCUUUCUGGCCCUAAAAAUAACUUGACAAACAAUGAAGACAAGUUGUUCGGAGUUACGGUAAUGAAAUCUAGAGAAGUUAACGAGUCACAAGAUACUAGUAAUUCUGCACCUAAAGACAUUGAGAAACAAAUUGAACCAGAACUUUUAAUGGACCAAGGUUAUUCUUGGGUCAUAUGUUUUGCAAGUUUCUUAAUUUUCUUUUCUAGUUGGGGACAGAAUUCAGGAUUUGCUAUCUAUUUUGCUUACUAUUUGAAUAAUGAUACCUUUCCUGAUGCUAAUAAGAUUGAUUAUAGUUAUAUUGGAGGUAUUGCAUUUGGAGUUGGGGUUUUCUUCUCUCCAGUUAUUAAUUAUAUGAUGGGAAAGAUUGGAACAAGACCAACGAUUGCCAUUGGGAAUUGUUUACAAUUUUGUUCUUUGAUGCUUGCUAGCUUUUGCACUAAGAAAUGGCAACUUUAUUUGACUCAAGGUUUUAUGCAAAGUUUUGGAUUAGCUUUAGUAUCUAUACCAGGAACAACUAUUUUACCUCAAUAUUUUAAAAAGAAGAGAGUAUUAGCAGGAGGAUUUGCAACUGCUGGUUCUGGGGUGGGCGGAAUUUGUUUUAACUUGGGAAUGCAGCAUGUUGUUGAUACUAAAAGUGUAUUCUGGGCUUUAAGAAUACAAAGUAUAAUUGGAUUUAUCUUAGUUUGGAUUGCUAUUGCCCUUUUGAGAUCAAGAAACAAGCAUGCAAUUGUUCAAUUUAGAGUAUAUGAUAAAGAGGUCUUGAGUACAGCUGGAUUUUGGAUUUUUGCCUUCUUUGUUAUAACCUGUAUGUUUGGAUAUGUUAUUGUCUUAUAUACAUUAGCUCAAUUUACCACAUCUUUAGGAUAUUCUGAAUAUCAAGGGUCAAUUUCAGCAGCAAUGCUUCAAUUAGGGAACGCACUAGGUAGACCAUGUGUUGGCUUGUUAUCUGAUAAGUACGGUGCUGUUACUGUAACAUGUGUUUGUUAUAUCAUUGUUGGGAUUCUUUGUUUAGCAAUGUGGAUACCAGCUAGAAACUUUGCAACUGUAAUAGUGUUUUGUAUUAUGGUUGGGUCUUUAAUGGGAUCAGUGUAUGGAAUGUUGGCUCCCGCUGUAGCACGAACUUUUGGACUCCAGAAAAUGAAUACUACUUUUAGUAUGUUAUGGAUGAUAAUGGCAGUAGCUGGCUUAUUUUCACCUGUCAUAGGGCUUACAUUGAAACAUGGUGGUGGUGGUUUAGUUGAUCCUACUCAAUAUGUUGAUUGCUCGAUCUUUGCUGGAUGCUCAUUUUUAGCCUGUGCAUUGUCCUUGUUUAUAUUGAGAGGAUAUAUCAAGGCCAGAGAUUCACUAACAAAGAGCUUGGAUGCUGAUAAAACUGAUUUCUUAGGAGUAAAAGUUUCAUUGGGUGGGGUAGUUGCCAGCUGUUUCAAGACGAGCUCUCAAAAGAUUUAG